AUGGAAGUUUUUAGAAUACAAGAAGAGCUUAAAAACUGUUGUACUGCUUCUCUUACUAACAUAUUUAUCCCUGGAACCGAGUACCUUCCUACGCGUUUGAACUUUCGGAUAUGGAAGCUGGAUAGGAAACUGAAGAACUCAGUCAAGAAAAUAGUUGAUUCGCGACUACAAUCAAAAUCAGAUUAUGGAGAUGAUUUACUAGGAAUCAUGUUGAAAUCUUACGAGUCGGAAAAGAAAGACCGAAAGCUGAGCAUGAAAGAGAUCAUAGAUGAAUGUAGGACCAUCUUCUUUGGAGUUUAUGAAACUACUUCGAAUCUAUUGACAUGGACAACAAUGUCGUUGAGCUUGCACCAAGAUUGGCAAGAGAAACUCAGAGAAGAGAUUUUCAAAGAAUGUGGUAAAGACAAGAUCCUUUUUCACAAACUCAAACUGUCGCUUCGCCUGUACGGACCAGUACCAUUUUUGUCCCGAGAAACAUUGCAAGAUAUGAAGCUAGGUGACUUAGAGAUUCCAAAGGGCACAACCCUAAUUUUCCCGCUAUUCAAGAUACAUAGUGACAAGGCCAUUUGGGGAGAAGACGCUGACAAAUUUAACCCACUGCGAUUUGAAAAUGGCGUUUCCCGAGCCGCUAAUCAGCCAAACGCUCUCCUUCGGACCAAGAGCUUGUAUUGGCCAAUACUUUGCCAUGAUCGAAGCGAUGGCCGUGAUCGCCAUGAUUCUUCAACGUUUCCGGCUUAG